CAGCCAACUUCACGUUUCAUUGGUUUGGGUGUGUAUCUUUUUUGGUCAAGUCAAGGAGGAGCUUGAUCUCUGUUAUUCGGGAAAAUUAGCAAAAUAUUUGUUAAAAAGCUGCGCCCCUAUUAUUCAGAAUUCAACCAAAAACAACACAAGAGAAAAAAAAAAUAAUACAAACAAUAUUUAAUAUAAUUUAUUGAAAGAAAUCACACAACCACCACUACUUAAUUUACAAUUUGCUCUUAUCCGUAUCCGUAUCUGAGAACAUUUUCAACCAUAGGCCUAUCCGAGACAGCCGUAAUGGACGUAAUGUCAUCAUCCCUACAACAGCAGCGCAUCGUCGUCGAACAGCUGCGUCGCGAGGCGGCUAUCGAUCGUCAGACGGUAUCGAUGUCUUGCGAUAAAAUGAAGAAAUAUAUAUCGGAGCACGAGCAGGAGGAUUAUCUAUUGACUGGUUUCACCAGCCAAAAGGUAAACCCCUUCCGUGAGAAGUCCUCGUGCACGGCUCUCUAAGCAGAUCUAAUUACUUUUUUUUUGGUUUGUUUAAGUUUUAAGUUCUUUUAGAAAAGCACCCACUUAAAAACAAAAUGAGAUGAACAAUAACAAGAGUCGGCACCACCAGCAAAGAGAAAAACUUAAUUACAAAUUACAAAAGCAAUAUUAUUAAACAAAUAAAAUAAAAUAGAAGAGAGCCCAUAUGUGUACCAAAGAUUUAAAGGGCUAUUUAUGAAAAUAACAACAGCAAACAAUAUGAUAAAAAUAUGACAAGUGUUAAAAAACAAUUUAAAUUUUUCAAACAAAAACUUUUUGGCAUUUAUUCGAAAAUAUCACCAUGUUUUUUAUUUGUAUGUAACAAAAGAGUACACGAAUAUCCCAACCUUAAGGACAAUUAUUCUGCGGACUAUAUAGCAACAACUACCUAUAUAUAAACUAUGAAAUCUAUAUAUCUACAACAUAUAUAUAUAUAUCAAGCCCAAUACUAUAUUUAUUAUAAUGAUACAUGGUAAACACACCCAAAACACAAACACACAAAAAUAAAUACAAGUAAAACACUUAAUUUGACUACUUAUUUCAAGAAAGAAAAGAAGAAAAAAACCAGAAAAAUAUAAACUCUGUUCACGUUGUUAAGCAUAUACUUAAUUGAAGACAAAUGAUAUAAAAUACACACACACACUUAUAGAUCCCAGUUAAGUGGAUUUUAAACUAUACAUAUAUGAUUACUUUAAAAGCUUUAAAUUCAGGCAGGAAUAUAAUGCAGCCAUAACAAGCUAGUUCAACUUUAGUGUGUUUAUUAUAUCCAAGUAUUUCUUAGCAAAAAAUAUUAAAAUCCCGUUGCACUAACGCAUAUAUAUAUAUAUAUAUCUAACGUAGUUUUCGUCCUUUUUGAUUAAUAACCGCAAACGGCUAUUAAUGCCAAAUAUUUUAUAUAAUGCAAUACAAUGCUUUAUUGAACGAUAAUUUAUUUUAUUAUAUGAAACUAUGUGAAUCGAAAAAUCAUUUCCAAGAUAUUGUAAAGAAUGUGUGAUUCUGUUAAGAAAGAAAAAUUCACUCAUAUUUAUUUAACACCAAAUUGUGUCAUUUAAAUCGAAAUCACAAAUAUAAGAAUUAAAUGAGUUGUCCGCGGUUGAGCCUAUAUUUUUGUAAAGUAUAUUAUAUGAAAUCAACAAAAUGUGUAAUUGGCAUGAAUGGCAAGGUAUAUAUAUAUAUUAAAGCCGAGUUAUUUUUUUACACUCGAUAAUGGUAAUGGGCAUAUUUGUAUGGCAUUGGAAUGAAACAAAAGACAAAAGGUUCUUCCAUACAAAAGUGAAUCAUAUAAAUAUCAUUUCAUAUUCAAGCAACCAUUUCGAAAUCAAUGCAAACAUAAAUAUGUAAUUCAAUCGGUUCUUCCAUUUGUUUGAUUCAAUACAAACAUAUUUCAAAUCCAUCAUCAAAAAGUUAUCUAAAGAAUCACACAUUUUUUAUCGAAACCAAUAUAGAUUUUGGACCCUGUUCUGCUGUCGUGAGCAUUCAGCAGAAAAUUGUUCAAAAUUAAAAAUUCAUCUACUUUCGAAAGUAGUCAAAAUAUUCCAAACCUAAACUGCAGUUGGUUUUUUUUUAGCUUCUUAACCAUUUCAAAAGUUUUUUCGAUUUGCUAAAAACGUUUCAUGGCAGGAUCUUGGUAUAUAUUUUUUUAAAAUCAUUUUUGUUUCUAAUGAAGACUUUAUUUUGUGUUGAAAAGAUAAAGAUAAAGUUUGCUGAUGCUGGACAAUUGAACUAUCCAAUGGAGCACGGAUAGUUUCAUUUGUUUGACGCUGGCAAACUUGGGAUCUGAAUCCAUAAUUGUAUUUACAACUAGCAUAUAAAUAAACUAAAAGAUAACACGAAACUAUUGAUAAAGCAAUGCACGAAAUAUCACAAACAAACAAUGAGAUAUAACACUUUAAAAACUUUAUUAACUUCAAUUUGAAAGUCGACAACGAUAUCGUAAUUUUAUUCGAAACAAAUAUUGAAUUGUAUCUACGCAUACGCAAUUUGAAAUAAGUAUGUAAUGUACUCCAAACAAAUAAUCGUUUGCUUGAAUUCCAAAAAAAAAUAAAAAAAAAGCUUAGAUGAGUUAUCUAGCGGAGACAA